UUAUUGACUUAGACUACAAUAAUAAAGGGGUGUUUUGGAGUUAACGCACGGGACAAAGCACGUAUUUGCGUGACGAAUCGCAGAAGGUUUUAUUGUUAUAUCUAGAUGGCUUGGUUAACAACUAUGGUAACAGUUCAUUUAUCUAACAAACAAUUGAAUUGUAGUUUAUAAGUAUUAAAUCAGAAAAGUUAUAACAUAUUAGAUAUGACUUAUAUUUUCAAUUAAAAAUUUACUAAUAAUAUACUAAAAUGAUUUACGGAGGAAAACCAACGAAACCUGUUCCACCGUCUAAAGAAGGCGUUUCUAUACCAACGCCAUUUCGAGGACCUCAAGCAUAUGAGUACGGGUUUUUAGCUAAGCAACCGGGGUCUAAUUACAAAAUUCGACUUCGUGACAUAGAACGAUUCCGCACAGAAAGGUCAAGAGUAGAAAAUGAAAAUAAUUUCAAAAAUAUACUAAGAGAAGCUCAGCAUAAAGAAUUGAUUGACGUGUCAGAUAAAAAAUGUUUAUACAACCAAAUAAAAAGGAUGGUUGAAUGUGGAAUGAAAGCCAAUGAACAUUUAUUUAAAGAAGAACCAUGUCCAAAGCCGGAAUUAAAAUUAGAAGAAGAAGAACCAAAAAAACCGGAAAUUGUCAAAGAAGAUUUAGAAGAAAAGGCAAGAGCGCUUAAGGAAAAAAGUGACGAAGAAGAACGUAAAUUAUUGGAAGAAAAACGUCUACAAAAGUUUAUAGAAAACUCUGAAGAAUUGAGAUUUGCUGCAGUAACUAAACGUAAAAACCAAAUAGCAACUAUAAAUUAUAAGAUUAUUGAAGAAAAUUAUAAACUCCUUAAAGAACAAAAAAUUAAACAGAGAGAACUGGCUAAUAUUGAAAAUGCAGAAUUAUUUAAAAAGCAGGCUCUUGAAAGAGAAGAAGAAAAGCGUAAAAUUUUAGAGAAAAAACUACAGUUUCGAAAGGAAUUAUUUGAACAAGUAGAAGAAAAAGAAAAGAUACUAGAACAACAAAAAGUAUUAAAAGAGAUUGAACGCAAAGAAAUCAAGAAAUUAAAUGAAAAGUUGAACGAAGAAGAAGAAUUUGAAAAGUUGGAACGUAAAAGGAAACAAUUGCAGACAAAAAAUGAAAUAGCACUAUUCACUAAAGAAAGAGCGACUUUGUUUGCAAAAAUGAACGAAGCAAAAUCAACGUUUGAUGAAACAUUCCAGCUUACAAUGAGACAAAAUUUAAAGGAUGAUUCAGCAGAUGAAAUUGAAGCAAAGCUUCAGUUAAAACGUGAAAACGACUUGUUUAAAGAACAUCAAGCAAUUAUUAAAGAAGAACGUAAAAGGCAAAAUGAUGAAAUAUCAAAAACAAUUAUGAAACAAAUAAACGAAAUUGAAGAGCUUAAAGUAUCUAUCGAACGUCAAAGUGUUGAAGCACGGCGAAAGCGUAUGAAGGAAGGUAAUGAUGUUUUAAUGGAUCAAUUAAGAGCACGUAAGGCGCUUUUAGAAGAGCAAAAAGUAUUGAAACGUGAAAUGUUUAUUCAGGCAAAAAAAGAAUACGAAGACUAUUUAAAAGAGGAAAAACGACAGUUAGAAAAUCAAGUAAAAUACAAAUCUCAGUUUAGAAAAGACCUAAACGACCAAAUUAAGGCCAGCAAAGAAAUACACGAAAAACAAAGACAAAUCGACUUGGAAAAUCAUCGGAAACUCAUGAUGGAAUUAGCUGAACAAGAAAAAUUAUUAAAAAAACUAUUAUCUGAACUAUGAACUUUCAAGUAAUAUCCACUUUUUAUAAACACCUGUUCACAUUUUUUAUCAAACUCAGAUUUUUAUAAUUGUAACAUAAAUCAUCAAACACUUGUUUGGAUGAUGUUUCACUUCAUAUUAAUUUUUAUUAUCUAGGUAUUAUAUAAGUGUUAUAUAUUAUGUAGUAUUAUAUUAGACAGCAGGGCCGUCCUUGUAGGGAGGCGUGGGGACAUCUAACCACCCACUCUCGAUUUUUCAAUAUUUAGUCGGCAAAUUUGAUACUUUGACAAAGUUCUCGGCAAUUCGGUAUAGUCAAUAUUUUUAUUUUAUUUUUAUUAUGUUAAAAAAAUAUUUGUAUAAAACGACAACGACGACAGCUCUGUCACUCCAGCACCCCAAGUUGUGAAUUUUUACACCAAAAUUUCACAAUAUUAUGUAACCAUUAUGUAACAAAAUGUAAUCAUGUUUUUUUAACUCAAACCCCUUGAAAACCGUUUUGAGUUGGCCGGUCAUCACAGUGACGUCAUGCACUCACACGUGUAUCCUUCAAAAUGAUUCGAUUGAUUCGAAAUUUUCACAAAAUUUCUGUAACCAAAUAAUAUUAAUCUAAUAUUCUAUAUAUACCUACCUAAAUCAAUUAAGAAUCGUUUUAAGUGACAUAAAUAUCGCAAUAUAUAUAUAAUAUAAUAUAAUAAAUACUUAUAACGUGUAUAUAAUACUAUAAAAUGUGUAAAAUAUAUUUUUCAAUAUUAAUAUUAAUUUAUUAAUUUUAAUAGUUUUUACGUAUAAGUGUUUUGUUUUUUUUUUUUUUUAAUUUAGGUAGUAUUGAUAUUUAUAUUAUGUUAUUAAAUUGUCUCGCUAACGACAACGCGCACCAGACUAGAAAAUUAAGUAUGCUAAUUUGUAUGUACUUUUUGUCAAUCCUAGAAAGUAGCAACGAACCUAAAAAAGCAAUUAAAUUUCUGAAAACUAAUUUAAAAUAGUUAAUAUAUAUAUACUUAAAAUUGAUCAGUCCACAUUUUAAGUUUUUAAAUCUCAAUACGAAAUAAUCAUUAAUUAAAAUUUUAUAUAUUUUUAAAUAUUCAAGCCAAAUUUAUAGGAGUUGAGGAACGAAAUUUAAAAAAGUGGACUGAUUGAUCUCAAGUAUCGAACAGUUUUCAAAAGUAUAAUCUAGUAUUACUAGGUCCUUCGGUAUGAUUGACAAAAGAUUGGUAUAAUUUUAUUGAAAUAACGGACGUUUGCAAUCGCCUUAAAUUAUUUUUCAUAGGUCACAUUAUUUAUAUAAAAUAAUAUUUUGUAUAUUAUGUUUUUGUACAAAAAAUAUUAUAAUAUAUUGUUUGUAUUAAUAAAAACAUUUUGUUUAAAACUGA